AUGAAAACCAUCAUGACCGCUAUUGCUGUCGCUUCACUCACUGCUACCCCACUCGCACUCGGUGGGCCCAACUGCUCGUCCAACAAAUACGAUCAUGCGAACACCACGCAGGUCAAUGAGCAUCAAGCGGACAUCAUUGACACUGCUCUCGCAGCCGGCUCGUUUAAUACCCUCGCGGCGGCACUCACUGAAGCAGACCUCGUCGGCGCACUGAAGGGCAAGGGGCCGUUCACUGUCUUCGCACCAACCGACGAAGCGUUCGCAAAGCUCCCUGCUGGUACUGUUGAGAGCUUGCUCAAGCCUGAGAAUCGUGAUCAGUUGAUCAACAUUCUCACCUUCCAUGUUGUUCCUGGAGAAUAUGACGCGGAGCAUGUGCUCGGUGCCCCAGGCUUGAACAUGCUCAACGGACAGCGUGCGGACAUCAACGCACACGAAGGCACCAUCGAUGGCGCGAGCAUCAUUAAGACAGACAUCGAGUGCAGCAACGGGAUCAUCCAUGUGAUCGACGAGGUCAUCCUCCCGAAGACCGAUUCAAUUCUUGAGACCGCAUCAUCUGCUGGUUCAUUCAACACACUCGCGGCAGCGAUUGAAGCAGCGGGUCUGGUUGAUGCACUGAGCGGCGAAGGUCCAUUCACUGUGUUCGCUCCAACCGAUGCCGCAUUCGCGAAGCUCCCAGCUGGGACUGUUGAGAACCUUCUGAAGCCUGAGAAUCUUGAUACACUCCGCUCGAUCCUUCUGUACCAUGUCGUCGAGGGACGCGUCUACAGCGAUGAAGCAGUUGACGCAAAGAAGGCAAAGACCCUCCAAGGCGACAAGGUCAAGAUCCGUGAGUACAAGGGCAAGGUGCAAGUCGGCAACGCGACUGUUGAGGCCGCGGACAUCGAUGCGUCCAACGGCGUGAUCCAUGUGAUCGACACAGUGAUCCUCCCAUCAGACAGCUAA